CGUCUUCAAAGCGCUUUCGUCGAACGGUGUACGAACGGGGUGGCGAAAUGACAAAUUUUAUUUUAUUUGAAAUUUCUGCCAUUUUCGCAAUUCCGUUUCACCGAAUUUGACAGCAAUGACAUGAUAAAAUGUUCAGGUAACCCUCUCGUUCAAUCGUUCAAUUCUUCCCCAUGAACGAGGAAUUCCCAAAUUUUACGACACUUUCACGUUUUCCUCAAUAAAAUCUUUAAUUUAAAAAUUAAGAUGAGUUGAAAUUGAGGUGUGUGUUGUGAAGUUUUGUUCUAAUUUCGUGUUCUGCGUUGUGUUAGAAUUGUUUCAAUUUGAUGUUGAUCCUUCUCUACUCUACCACUAAGUUAACUAAGUAAGAAUAGAUAGAUUUUUUUAAAAAAACCGAUGUUAUGUUCUCGUUCUCUAGUCCUGCAAGUAGCCGAUCAUAUUCAGAUUUACAUCGAACAAGGAAAAUUAAAGAAUAAUAAAUGUCAGUAGAAGAAAAUAAAUUUAAAAAUUCAAUGGAAUUGUUUGAAUCGAAAGAUGUUGUCAAAAUAUGUGCACCGAUGGUUAGGUAUUCCAGUCUGCCUUUCCGGCUGUUGGUAAGAAAGUAUGGAUGUGACCUCGCGUACACACCCAUGAUCAUAGCAGAUUCUUUUGUCAAGUCAGAAAAAGCCAGGGCAAAUGACUUUGUUACUAAUUUGAAUGAUAGGCCAUUGGUUGUUCAGUUCGCAGCUAAUGAUGCCAGCGUGUUUGCUGAGGCCAGUGCUUUUGUCAUAAAUUAUGCAGAUGGUGUUGAUUUGAACUGUGGCUGCCCACAAAGGUGGGCUAUGAGGGACGGCUAUGGGUGCUGCCUCUUAAAGAAGCCGGAGCUCAUGGAAGAUAUAGUUAAGACGUUGAAGAAUCGAAUCCAUCGGAGAGAUUUUUCCAUUUCUGUCAAAAUUCGUCUAUUGCACGAUUUAGGAAAGACCAUUGAGAUAUGUAGGAGAAUGGAGCGCAUUGGUUGCUCCUGGAUCACCGUCCAUGCCAGAACACCUGAUCAAAAACAUCAACCAGCUAAUUGGGACCCUUUGAAAGAUAUUGUUGACAGUCUGAAAAUUCCCGUGGUUGCUAAUGGCGACAUAAAAUCUAUGAAUGACGUCACUAAAGUUGUUAACGUAACAGGCGUUAAAGGUGUCAUGUCGGCCAGAGGAUUGUUAGGGAAUCCGGCAUUGUAUAAUGGCUGUGAGCGCACUCCAAAAGAGUGCGUACAAGACUGGGUAAAUCUAGCCGCGAAGUACAGCGUAACUGGACAGAGAUUCCACAAUCAUCUCAUCUACAUGCUGGAAAAAUCGUUAACGAAAGAUGACCGAAAAUUUUUUAACUGCAUGACCAGCACUACUGACGUCUUGGACUUUUUAGAAGAUAAUUUUGGAGUGUCGCGAAAAUAUGAUUUAAUAACUUUUUAAAUGAAAAUAAAAUGUGUGCGUGUAUAAUGUGUGUAUUUAUUGAUUUAUCAAGUUUUAGUUGGAAAAUAUCCUAUUUUUUUAUACGAA